UUCACAUGUCUUUUAACUUCAAAAUUCCUAAACACAGCAAGUAUUUCAAUACGGUCAUAAAGUUGGCAUCCUAUGACCUAGAUACAUAGCUCAAAAAGUACAAGACUGGCAUAAUUUGUUCAAUACCAAAUUACCAACUAGGGCUUCAAUCCUAUACUAGACUUUUCAGUAGACCUUAGAUAGAGGUUGCUACUAUCCCUAGUCCCGUUUUUCAGCACAAGGACCAUGAAAUCAAAUUGGUGGAGAGCAUUUAGAAGUAUCAUUUACUUUGAUGUGGUCUUCUGCUGUUCAUUGUGAGAAAUGUUCAUUUGCACUUUUGCUGUAGUUCAGUAUAUGAACCUGAACCACCGGACCUCUUUUCACUUGGGAUUUUGUUACCAUGAGUUAAUAACACGUGUUUUUAAUAUAUUACUCUGAUGAGAGAGACAAGGCUCAGUAGUUUAAUUCUUUUGCUGUUAGGUUCUUUUUAAACAAAUUUUCUGCCAAUUCUAAAUUCUAACUCUAGAUGUAAUGCUUCUUUCCCUUAUACGCUGGUGUUGUAACUGCUUGAUCAGAUAUGGAAGCCCUGCAGUCCGAAUUUACUAAUCACUUUCAACUGUUUCUCUGACUGUUUGAACAGCCUUCUGAUUGUGUCAACCCUGCUUGCUAAUUAACCCGUUUAAUUACGUUGCUAGUACUUGUGUUGCCUUUGGUCUGAUGCAGUCAGUAGUGGUGACAUUCUACUGGGAACAUGUGCCAGGCAAUGUACUAGUACCAACAAUCCCCUUGUCAUCACACAGCAGUAACAGCAGCAGAAGCUACUGCAUGCCCACUGUCACAGGAAUGAUUAGCGCCAGUUUUAUUUUAUUUAACAAGGUCAACUUGGGCAGUCUUAACACAUGCAUGCACCGCUGUACAUAUGCAUCAGGCAGGGUAAACUUUGUUUAGUUUUUAUGCAGGGCAUGUGUACAGACCAUAGGGUGCUUUCAUCUGGAAGGGUAAACUUUCUUUAAUCUUUUUGCAGGACAUGUGUUCAGAUCUUAAGGUAAUUGCAUCAGGACAACACCAAGAGCACACCCUCUUGUCUCUCCUUUGGUGAACUUAAUCCUUUUCUCCAUCAAAGGAAGUAUCCUGACUGGCAAAUGACAUAGGAUUAGUAGUAGUAUUUCUUUGCUCAAAAUCACAGUAGCUCAUCUGUGUAGUGUGUACCAUGGAGAGAAGCAACUAGCUUCUACAUAUGGUACUCUUAGAUCAGUUCAAAUGUUAGACUUGCAUCAUCUACACAAAUUGUAGGAGGCUAGGAGUAGAUUUGUUUCAGAGCUUCAUAAGCAGAAGCUUCCAAAGAAUAGGCCGUACGAACACCCAGUUACAGCAGGCAGGUCUCUGAUUAGUACUAGUAAUCUAAGCCUAAAAGCUAGCGCUAAUAUACAGUCUUCAAUUACAGGGAAUGUAAAAUAAACAUGUAAUUAAGUAUUCUAAUCUGAUGGGGGCAGGCGCAAAGUAAAAGAUUAAACAAUGGCAGAUUGCCCAAAAGCAGGUUGGAAAAGCCAUGACUCAAACACAUUCCCUCCAUGUUCCAUGUUCUCAUUUUUCAUUCUCUCCUCCAGCUCCAAAACCCAGCCUGUUAGCCCUUAAUCUAUUCCCCAAAACACCUCACAUUCGUUCAUGCUUAUACCAACCAAUCUUCUAGUGGCCAUGAUAUAAAGCCUUUUCUGCCAUCUUCUUCUAGCUAGCUUCAGCCUCUGCUCUUCUUGCAGAUGCAGUGUCAGUAGAUUAAGCAAGCCAGACACACACUCUCACAUGGCACAGCACUAGAAGCAGCAGAGGCACAGGCAGAGUAGGUGCUAGAAUCUAAUUUGAGCUAGCAAAAGUGCUUCCAGGAAAGUACUAGAACAUUCUAAUGGAAGUAAGCAGAGUGCCAGUGCUGGUCCUAGUACUGACAGUGUCUUUGAUCUUGUCCGCCGGCGUUGGCGCGGCCGGCGGCGACGAGAGGGCGGCGCUGCUGGCGCUGAAGGCGGGCUUCGUCGACACGGUGGGCGCGCUCGACGACUGGAAGGGUGGCGCCAAGGCCUCGUCGCAUUGCAGCUGGACAGGCGUCCGGUGCAACGCGGCCGGCCUCGUCGAUGGGCUCGAUCUCUCGGGGAAGAACCUGAGCGGCAAGGUCUCCGACGACGUGCUCCGGCUGACGUCGCUCACCGUCCUCAACCUCUCGUCCAACUCCUUCGAAAGCACGCUGCCAAAGUCCUUCGCGCCGCUGUCCGAUCUCCAGGUGUUCGAUGUUAGCCAGAACUCCUUCGAAGGCGCGUUUCCGGCCGGCCUCAGCUCCUGUGCUGACCUCGCCACGGUCAAUGCCUCCGGCAACAAUUUCGUCGGUCCCCUCCCCGUGGACCUCGCCAAUGCCACAUCCCUCGUGAUCAUCGACUUCCGGGGCAACUUCUUCGAUGGCGGCAUCCCGGCAGCUUACCGGAGCCUCACCAAGCUCAAGUUCUUGGGCCUCUCCGGCAACAACAUCACCGGCAAGAUCCCGCCGGAGAUUGGCGAGCUCGAGUCGAUCGAGAGCCUCAUCAUCGGGUAUAAUGUGCUCGAGGGAGGCAUCCCACCGGAGCUCGGCAACCUCGCCAACCUCCGGUACCUCGACCUCGCCGUUUGCAACCUCGAUGGGCCCAUCCCGCCGGAGCUCGGCAAGCUUCCAGCGCUCACCGCGCUUUACCUAUACAAGAACAACCUCGAAGGCAAGAUACCGCCGGAGCUCGGCAACAUCUCGUCGCUGGUCUUCCUCGACCUGUCCGACAACUUGCUCACGGGCCCGAUCCCCGCCGAGGUGGCGCAGCUGGGCCGCCUCCGGCUGCUCAACCUCAUGUGCAACCACCUCGACGGCUCCGUGCCGGCGGCCAUCGGCGACAUGACGAAACUGGAGAUACUCGAGCUGUGGAACAACUCCUUAACGGGGCCGCUUCCCGCGUCGCUCGGCAAGAGCUCGCCUCUGCAGUGGGUGGACGUGUCGUCGAACUCCUUCACUGGCCCCGUGCCGACUGGAAUCUGCGACGGCAAGAAGCUCGUCAAGCUGAUCAUGUUCAACAACGGCUUCACCGGCGGUAUCCCGGCCGGGCUCGCGUCGUGCGCGUCGCUGGUGCGCGUGCGCAUGCAGAGCAACCGGCUCAACGGCACGGUGCCCGUUGGGUUCGGCAAGCUGCCUCUGUUGCAGCGCCUCGAGCUCGCCGGUAACGACCUGUCCGGGGAGAUCCCCGGCGACCUCGCGUCGUCGACGUCGCUGUCAUUCAUUGACCUCUCGCACAACUACCUCCAGUACUCUCUGCCGUCAAACCUCUUCACGAUCCCGAGCUUGCAGAGCUUCUUGGCGUCGGACAACAUCAUCUCCGGCGAGCUCCCUGAUCAGUUCCAAGACUGCCCGGCUCUGGCAGCGCUGGACUUGUCGAACAACCGGCUCGCCGGCACGAUACCGUUCAGCCUCGCCUCCUGUCAGAGGCUAGUCAAGCUCAACCUCAGGCACAACAGGCUCACCGGCGAGAUACCGAAGGCGCUCGCCAUGAUGCCGGCGAUGGCCAUUCUUGAUUUGUCGAGCAACUCCUUGACCGGAGGCAUACCGGAGAAUUUUGGCAGCUCGCCGGCGCUAGAGGCGCUCAACCUGGCGUACAACAACCUCACCGGGCCCGUGCCGGGGAACGGUGUCCUGCGAUCGAUCAACCCCGACGAGUUGGCGGGCAACGCCGGGCUGUGCGGUGGCGUGCUCCCACCCUGCUUCGGGAGCCGUGAUACGGCCGUGGCCGCGCGGCCCCGUGGCAGUGCGCGCCUCAAGCACAUCGCGGUGGGGUUGCUCGUGGGGAUGCUCGCCGUUGUCGCCGCGUUUACGGCGCUAUUCGGCGGGCGCUACGCGUACCGCCGGUGGUACGUGGACGGCGCGGGGUGCUUGGACGGCGAGAACCUCGGCGGGGAGUCGGGGGUGUGGCCAUGGCGGCUGACGGCCUUCCAGCGGCUCGGGUUCACGAGCGCCGAUGUGUUGGCGUGCGUCAAGGAGGCGAACGUGGUCGGCAUGGGCGCGACCGGGGUGGUGUACAAGGCCGAGCUCCCGCGCGCGCGUGCCGUGAUAGCCGUGAAGAAGCUCUGGCACCCGGCGCCGAUGGACGGCGACGCGGCCGCGGUGACCGAGCUUACCGCGGACGUGCUCAAGGAGGUGAGCCUCCUCGGGCGGCUCCGGCACCGGAACAUCGUGCGUUUGCUCGGGUACAUGCACAACGACACGGACGCGAUGAUGCUGUACGAGUUCAUGCCGAACGGCAACCUGUGGGAGGCGCUGCACGGUCCGGAGGAACGGCGCACGCUGGUAGACUGGGUGUCGCGCUACGACGUCGCCGCCGGCGUGGCGCAGGGCCUGGCGUACCUCCACCACGACUGCCACCCGCCAGUGAUCCACCGCGACAUCAAAUCCAAUAACAUCCUCCUGGACGCCAACAUGGAGGCCCGCAUCGCCGACUUCGGCCUCGCCCGCGCCCUCGCGCGCACCAACGAGUCCGUCUCCGUCGUCGCCGGCUCCUACGGCUACAUCGCUCCAGAGUACGGUUACACGCUGAAGGUGGAUCAGAAGAGCGACAUCUACAGCUACGGGGUGGUGCUGAUGGAGCUGAUCACGGGGCGACGGGCGGUGGAGGCAGAGUUCGGGGAGGGGCAGGACAUCGUGGGAUGGGUGCGGGACAAGAUCCGGAGCAACACGGUGGAGGAGUACCUGGACCCGCACGUCGGCGGCCGGUGUGCGCACGUCCGUGAGGAGAUGCUGCUCGUGUUGCGCAUCGCCGUGCUCUGCACCGCGAGGGCGCCGCGGGACAGGCCGUCCAUGCGCGACGUGAUCACCAUGCUCGGCGAGGCCAAGCCGCGGCGCAAGAGCGGCAGCAGCGCCACCACCAACGGCAAGGACAACGCCGCUGCCGCCGUGGUGGACAAGGACAAGCCGGUGUUCAGCACCACGCCGGACUCCGACUACACCUAGGCUGAAUGUUCUUUUUUCUUUGAGUUUCAGUGCCUGUUAAUGAUCUGUUCAUGACUUCAUUUGCUGCAGGAUUUUGAGCCUGCAACAAAACAUGUACUGUGAAGAUUAAUUAGUUAUAGAUUAUGUAGAUUAAUGU